AUGGCGCAACGACCGGUAUUUUGGCAGAAGCGCGUUCUCGUGCCCUUCUGGGUGGUGCGAAUAUGUAUCAUGCUCUUGAUCAUUGGAGCAGUAGGCAUUUCGCUGAGCAAUGUGAAAGAAUUGGAAGACGUUAUCCAACCCUCAGUCUCAUUGCUCAUUGUCAUUAUACUCUUCAGCUGUAUAGUGCUCCUCAUCGACAUUCUCGCCAUCCUGCUCUUCCUUCGCGAUGCGCUGAAACCCGGCACUUUCCUCACCAUGAACUCGUUCCAGACUGCGUUCUGGGGCGUCGCCUUGAUCAUGGAGUUUGCGGAUAUUGGCAAGGGCGGUAGCCACGUCGGGCUUGGAUUCGGCGUCUUUGUAUUCCUCAGCUACUUCGGUCUCUUCAUCUACUCGGUCAUCGGUUAUCGUCGCGCGAAGGCAGAGGCCAAACGAGGCCAGUACGCACCGGCGCACAACCCAUUCGGGGGUUCCGUACCUGCUCAGGAAUCAUCUCCGUAUAACAGCGCACCCGAAUACCAAAAUACCGCAUACCACUCGCAGACGCAACCUGCUGAGAUGAACAACCAGUAUCUUCCGCCAUACCAGAGCGGUGCUGCGACCGACUACUACCAGCAGCCGGUGAAGCCUGCUCAUAUCGUCUCAGGUCGCUCCGUCAAACACAUUCGCUUCAUCAUCUUCCAUUCGUUGUUCAAGAUGCGAUCCUUCCUACUACUCGCUGCGGCAGUUCCUUUCGCUCAAGCUGUUCGCAUCGUUCAGUCAAACGACGACGGCUGGUCAGAGGCAAACCUUCGCACCUUUUUCGACGUCUUGAACUCUGCUGGUCACGAAGUCGUAUUGUCUGGUCCCGCUGAAAACCAGUCUGGCAGAGGAUCCUCCGACGCACCCCCGAAAACCGUUGAUUCAGACGGUUGCAUUCAUGCGUCCUGCCCUGGAGGAAGCCCGCCAACCGGCGCAAACGCGACAGACCCUCGCCUAAACUACGUCAACUCGUUCCCGGUCACUUCAAUCAAGGAGGGAAUCGAUGUCACGGCUCCAAAGCUCUGGAACGGCGCAAAGCCCGAACUCGCCCUGACCGGACCGAACGUUGGCAGCAACGUUGCUGUUCAGGUUCCCUUCUCCGGCACAGUCGGCGCCGCUGCAUUCGCGGCAAAGACGGCUCAGAUCCCGGCCAUCGCCUUCUCUGGCGUGACAGGAGAUCCUACUGCAUGGAACGCACCUACUCCUUUCCAUAGCAAGGUCUAUGCUGACCUGGCUUUGAACGUUACCACGACUAUCAUCAACUCUGGAAAACCAUACCUCCCAGCAAACUCUUUCCUGAACGUCAACUUCCCCGCUGUAUCCGAGACCAAGUGCAGCGACCCCAGCCAGUUCAAGUACAUCUUUACGCGCAUCAACACUGGUCUUCUGAGCGCUCGUGAUGCCGAAUGGUGCGGUAGCACGCGCCUGCCGUGGGAGGCGGACGUCAUCUUGAUCCGUGGAAGCGACUGCUACGUUACCAUCAGCCCUGGCGAUGCAAACGACAAGACGACCAUGAACGAUGCUGCAGUUCAGACUGAGAUCAUCAACAAGCUCAAGUCGAUCCUUUCGUGCUUGCCUUAA